UUUGGUCACCUUUACUACUCCACGCUCGCCUUUUGAGUUUGAGCUUUUCUUUAGCUUCUUUUUGUUUUUUUGUCUAAAGCUUUUUUGCUUCUUCUUCUUCUUCUCCGAUCCUCCUCAUCUACUCUUUAUAUCAACCAGGACAAUCAUGGAAAUGAAAUUGCUCGUUACCUCGGCUUUCACUCACAUGUUCGGCUACUCAAACCAUAUGGAUCAAACCAGCAACUGCCAAAGCAACCGCAACAAAAUGAUAAAGAUGAUGAAGAAAGAAGAAUUCCCAAGUGGGUUCCAAGUUCCUCUUCAUUACCCUAAAUACACCAAGUCUGACUACGAAGCCAUGGAUGAUAUCAGCCUCGACUUGCUCCUCAAACAAUAUGGAUUCUCUUUCGAAGGAUCUCUUGAAGACAAGAGGGUUUUUGCAAUUGAAUCAUUCCUCUGGCCUGAUCAGCUUUAAAUAAGGUUUAUGUUUGGUGUUGUACUAUCUCAUAUCUCUCUCCCCACCGACCUCUUAUCAAAUAUGAUAAUCGAAUGUUUUUAAUAAGUAUGUAUGUCAGUCACCUAGUAAUCAAAGUUUGUGUGUUUUUUUUGUAUAUAUAGUAACUGUGUUUGAGGAAGUUUUGAAGUUAUGCCUUAAUAAAAUCUUUGAUGUAUCAUGUAUAAGUAUAACAUUAUAAUUUGUGA